CUUUGUUCUCAACCAAUCAGAGGCCACAAAAAGGAGGUUGACAUGUUUGUGCUGCACAAAAAAACAAGUACAGAAAUAAUAAUCUUGUUUAAACUCACUGAGAAGCUUAAGAAACAAAGAAUGGGACGGAUCAACUUUUACGUUCUUUGGUCGCUGCGCGACGCUCCUCGACAGUUCAUCAGCAAGUCAAACCGAAGAUGCUUCCACGUCCAUGUCCCGCUGCCUUUACCCAAACAGCUGGUGAUCUUUGGGCUCGGCGAGUGGGGGUGUAGUGAGACCACCGUCUCGGUGGAGGUAGUGGUCAGUGCUGACGUGCUGUCUCAGAACAUUGGAACGCUUACAUCACAAUCUAGGUGUCUGACCUUUGAGGGGGACUGGAACUCUGACACACUGGCUGUGGCAGCAGAGAGAGGCAGGAAAGGAGUUUAUGGCAAGAUUGUGCUCAAGUUUCAGGAGCCACGCAGCACCUUGAACAGUACCCCACUGGUCAAAAGGGAAUGUUUGUUCCCAGAGCAGCUCAGCAUCACUGAUCUCUCCUGCACCUCACACCAAAGUGCUGCAGAAGACACGGUGACCCCCAACACCUCACAGUUGGGCGAUAGUGUUUGCUAUGGCGAGAUCCACGGUAAUAAAGUUGACACCAGUGAUUCGGCCUUGGAUGAGACGCACAAACGGACUGUCAUCAGCAGGAGACGUCGUCUACCGUGGAGCGCAGGGAAAAUGGAGAUUUCCAGAGAGGACAUUGGGCGAGCGUCAACUCCAAAGAAAAUUAGGUUUAACAGCAAAGAAGAAAUGACUGUGCAGAUAAAGGAAGAGGACAGAGAAGUUUCAGUGUUUCCGUCAAAGCGUUGGAGCCACUCAAUGUGCCUAAUUGACCCUGACACUGUCAUCGUCAUUGGGGGUGAAACUUUGGAGGAAAACUUCAGCAAGGACUCUUUAUGGAAGCUGGAGUUAGACAAUGACCUUUGGUAUCAAAUGAACUCCUCCACAUCUGGACCUGCACCACCUUGCACCCGAGGAUUCUCUGCGACCUACGACCCAGACUCUAAGACCAUCUUGGUGUAUGGUGGCCUGAGGGAGGGUCAGCGCUACAGCGAGCUGUACAUCCUAAAUACUCUGACCUGGAAGUGGAAGCUUGUCACAGCAAAAGGAAACAUUCCUUCCUUGGCAUAUCACUCUGCAGCUUUUUAUGAGAAGGAGCUUUUUGUCUUUGGUGGGGUUCAUCCGCGUCAGUCUUCCAGGGAUAAGUUGUGCAGUAAUGCUUUGUACAUUUUCAACCCAGAUUUUGAACUGUGGUAUCAGCCCAUUGUAGAGGGGGUCAAACCUCUGCCUCGCUUUGGACAUUCAGCCACACUCCUGUCACAAAAAUUGAUCAUAUUUGGUGGCCGGACAACUGCAACUUACCUAAAUGACCUCCAUGUUCUAGACCUGGGCUUCAUGGAGUACACAGCUGUGAAGUGCGAGAACAUGCCGCCGCUGCCUCGAGGGUUUCAUGCUGCUCUCCCAGUUUCAGACAACAAGAUUUUAGUGAACGGGGGAUGUAGCACAAUUGGUCCUUUGCAGGAUGUACAUGUCUUCGAUACUGACACCAACAUGUGGGGUUCAAUGGCGUUGUCGGAGUUGGGCUCCAAGCCUCGUGCUGGACACAGUUUGAUCCUUUUGAGUUCGUCCACCUUGGCAGCCGAGCAGGAUCGACCUGUCAAAGUCCACUGCACGCUGCUGGUGUUUGGGGGCUCAGACUGCUCUGGUAACUUCUACAAUGACACCGUUAAGUGCACAUUGGAGAUUCCUUUAUGAUACAUUUUAUCUUGGAUGGACCCUGAACAGGAUGUCUUUUUUUUUUUUUUUUUUUUUUUAAAUGGUAGCUUCUUCAUGUAGUUUACUUAACACUUGAAACAUUUUCUGCCGCCUUGUCCUUGUUUUAGCCUCUGCCAUAAUUAUCCACACUUCCUCCGAGCAGCUGAUUUGCCGCAAGCUUUGCAUAACAAAUCUGUCAUUUGCAUGUUUUGCAAGUACUCAUGUUGCAGUGAAAUGCUUGUGCUUUAAUAUUGAUAUUAAUAAAUGCCAAUUAUUU